UGAGGCAGGAGGAGGAAAGUUUUUCAGGGUCGGCACAUCGUUGCUUAGCAGCUCCAGGCGCAGGACUCCGGCUGCCUCACGUCGGCUCUUUCCACUGCACUCUAUCAAGGAAGCGCGUCCGUGUCCCUGCUCGGCGUCCAUCCGUCUGUCUGUGUGUCCUCUCGCAGUGUCCGUGCCAAACAUGUCCCACACCGUGACGCUAAAGGGACCCUCUCCCUGGGGCUUCCGCCUGGUGGGAGGACGGGACUUCAGCACGCCGUUAACCAUCUCCAGGAUCACAGCAGGCAGCAAGGCGGCCCAAGGCGACCUGUGUCCAGGCGACACCAUCCUGGCCAUCAAUGGCGACAGCACAGAGAGCAUGACUCACAUGGAGGCUCAGAACAGGAUCAAAGCCUGCACUCGGCAGCUCGCGCUCAACAUCAUCAGGUCGGGAUCCGGAGACAGAGUGUGGUCGCCGACUGUUAGUGAAGACGGCAAGACAAGUCCUUACACGGAGCCUGACUCACAGAAUUUCCGUCCCAUCAGCAGCGGAUAUGGCGGUUACAGCCGUAAACCUUCCUACACCCCCGAGCCCCAGUCCCCACCGGCCCCACCGGCCCCUCAGCCCACUUACGUGAAUAACGGACACUCCAGGCCCAACAACGGCCACAGCUAUGGAUACGGAAACGGACACACACAGUACAACAACCCGACCGGGCUUUACGCUGGCAGCAACGGUGACAAGUAUCUGCCAAGCAAGAUGGGCGGCCUGAACCUCAGCGCCUCACACAGCCCGGAGCCUCUCAUGCAGCCUCCCAUGCAGCCUCCUAUGCAGCGGCCCAUGCAUUCUCCCGUGCAACUUCCCAUGCAGCCUCCCAUGCAGUCUCCCCUGCAGCCUCCCCUGCACUCCCCCGGGGGCCACAAUGGUUUCAACCCACAGUCGGACGUCUACAAGAUGCUGCAGGACUACGAGGAGCCCGUCUCUGAACCCAAACAGUCCGGCUCCUUCAAGUAUCUCCAGGGAAUCCUGGAGGCUGAGGAUGGAGGUGUGUCCCCAACGGAGAGGAUGAGAAACUUGAAGUCUCCCAUCAGGUCUCCGAUCCCCAAACUGGGAAGCCCCAUUCCCAGCCCCAUGCCUGGUCUCCAGAAGCUCCCGCAGUGCACACGCUGCUGCAACGGCAUUGUCGGCACCAUCGUGAAGGCCAGGGACAAGCUCUACCACCCCGACUGCUUCAAGUGCGACGACUGCGGCGUCAACCUCAAGCAGAGAGGCUACUUUUUCAUCGAGGACAAUCUGUACUGUGAGACCCACGCCAUGGCGCACGUCCAGGCCCCCGAGGGCUACGACGUCGUGGCGGUCUACCCCAACUCCAAGGUGGAGCUCGUCUGAGCCGGAGGUGGAGCCGGUCAUUCUGUAAUAUAAGUGGGAAGCCAGGAUAUGGGAGGAUGGGUCUAGUGAGUAUCUUAGCCUGGGUUUCAUUUGGCUCCGUCAAGCAGGAAUGACGGUGUUGGAUCUUGGAGUUUUUUUACCUUUUCGCAGAGUCCUAUGAAAUGUGUGUUUCUACACUGACUGACCUUAUGAAAUGCAAAUAGGCAUCAGCUAUCUUAAAAUAUGCAAAAGCAUCUCCAACCCAUCAACCACCUGAUAUCGUUCUCCACUCACCCAUUGAAUCCUACACACACAACUACCAGUUCAAGACAAAACAAUGUUCAAAUCCACAUCCCACCCACAUUACCAGAUUAUCCCAUGUAAAAAUAAUACCACGAAUAAGCAUUGCAGUUAACACAAGAGAUGUUUGAGCUGAUUGGUCUGUUUGCUGUGAUGCCGUGUGCAGAGGAGCUGCUGAAUUUUUCCAUUUCACCCAUUAUAGCCACAGUUUCCCAGACAGAACACUCCACUAGGAAAUUACCUGUGUUCUGCAAAGUCACCUGAAGGUAUCGGUGAUGUAUUGUUUCAUGCUUGGAUGGGUUUAAAGGUGUCCGUGUCUUUUUAAACUAUAACUUACAGUUACACAUUAUACUCCUGCUGCCGUUGGACUUUUUGCAUUUGUAAUUUACAUGUUCAUUUUUCAGACUUUUAUACAGUUACGCAAACCGGGGAGCAUCUCUCUUUGAUUGUCAAUUUUUUAUUUUUUAGUGCUCACUUUUCUGUUAAGUGUGAUUCAUUAUAAGCCGAGCGGGGAUGGAAUGUGUGGCGGUUUGCUUUGAGGUGUGGGUUUGCUGAACUAUAACCUGCAGUGGACGCCUCGGUACACAGCUAUGAAAACACCACCUUCUGAAAUGUCAACAAAAACUGCAGGAGGCAUUUUCAAAGCUCCGCGAGAGUCGUGGUUUGAUUUAGUCAAAGAUGUGAGCACAAAAUAAAUAACUGAAUUAAUUUUCAGCUAAAUUGCCACAAAUGCAGUGAAGGUCAUUCCCAACAGAGGAGAUAAAGAGCUUCUGGCUCCUGCACCUGACUGGGAGAGGAAUUCGAAGCUCUCACACUGAAGAAUUCCAGCUCACCGAGGAGAGAGCACAGAGUUCAGCGGCUGUGUUUAUUAAAAACACUCGGGGUUAACGCUCUCCGCCCGCUCGCCACAUCCUUUAAAAGCAACCAUGUGCAUUCGAGGAGAUAGAGCCGUAGAAAACUGUUAGAAACUCAUAAAGUGGGGUUCCGCAGUCGGCAACAUGUGGGAGCAAUAUUGGCUGUGUGUAGAGGGUCGGACCCACUGAGGAGAAACAGCACUGUUCCUCACUGUGGAAGACAGAGAGAGAGAGAGAGAGAGAGAGAGAGAGAGAAGUUGGAGGUCUGCUUAGCUUUUUAUUCCCUUCCUACUCUGAAUUCAGAUUUCUGCUCAUAGCCAAGAGAUAAAUUAAAUAUUUCUGUACUUGUCUUUUAAAGAGAGAGAGAGAGACACAGAGAGAGGGAGGGAGGGAGGAAAGAAAUGAGGGGACUGCGCAAGUUUUCUCCUCUUGACACACUUUUUUUGUUUUUUUUUCGAUAUCAUUCUUGGCGUGUUGUGAACUGGGUGGAGAACAGUGAUUUGUUUCUUUUAAAAAACCUUCCUAACAAAACUACUUGGAUCAUUUCAGAUGAGAAAAUGAACUUUGCCGUGCUGAUAUCCGUCUUUUUUUAUUUUUUUUCUAGAUAUCAACAAUGUCGUGUAGCCACUGGUAUGCCAUCUGUACUAGUCACCUUGUAAAUUAUGUGAAAAUGAUAUUGCUACCACAUUGCUCCUUUGGUAUUGUAUAUAUUUGUUUUUAAUCGUGAUUGCUUUAACAUACAUAAAACAUGUGUACUCACAUGCCUUUUGCAUAGCCUGUGUCUUCACAUGAUUUCUUUGACACAAAGCCUCUUUUUGUGUUUAACUUAUUGUUCUACCAACACGUGUUUUUGUCCUGGAUAUUCUUAUUCGCCUUUUUUUGUAGGAUCUGAAUAAAAUGAGAAUUAAAUUACAA